CUUCCUUUUCCUCACUCGCGCUCUCGCUCCGGUAGAUACAGCAUGUAUUUGAGGCAGAGGGAGCCGGUCUACUCCUGUUUACAUGGCUGCCUGUACCUGGGGCAGGAUCACGUGUAUUUGGAGGACCGCAGCUGCUCCCGUUCUGCCUUCUGAACGUUUAACUGAAGCCCAGCUCGCCUUCAGGAAUUGUUUUUUCCUCUUCAAAGGCCUCCUCGUGCCUCGCUGGCUCUCCGGCCCAGUUUGGAUCUAAACAGCGCCCCAGCAGAAUGGACUUGCCAAAAUUAGACUUCUUUGCAUGACAUUUCUGCAGGUAACCAGCAGAAUGGUGGCUGGCGUGAUGAGCGGGCACAGCUACCUGGUGGCAUGCUGGCAGCCCAUUCUUAUCCUGAUGCUGGGCACUGUGCUGUCGGGUUCCACCAUAGGAUGCCCGUCCCGCUGUGAGUGCAAUGCCCAGGAACGCUCUGUCUUGUGCCACCGCAGGAAGCUGGUUGCCCUUCCAGAGGGAAUCCCUAUUGAGACGCGACUGUUGGACCUGAGCAAAAACCGCCUGAAAGCCAUCAACCCAGAGGAGUUCAUCAACUAUCCCCACCUGGAGGACCUGCAGCUUAAUGAGAAUGUCAUCUCAGUCAUCGAGCCAGGUGCAUUCAGUAAUCUGUUUGGAUUACGGACGUUAGGACUGCGCAACAACAAACUGAAGCUCAUUCCACCAGGUGUAUUUACUGGUUUGAGUAACCUCACCAGACUGGAUAUAAGUGAGAAUAAAAUAGUUAUCUUGUUGGAUUACAUGUUUCAGGACCUUUACAAUCUAAAAGAACUGGAAGUGGGAGAUAGUGAGCUGGUCUUCAUCUCUCAUAGAGCCUUUCAUGGACUCAGUAGUUUAGAGCAGCUCACCAUGGAGAGGUGUAACAUGACCUCAGUGCCCACAGAGGCCUUCAGCCAUCUCCAUACCCUGUUGGUACUCAAGUUGUGGCAUUUUAAUGUCAACCUUAUUAGGGAUUUUUCCUUCAGGAGACUCUACCGACUGAAAGUGUUAGAGAUAACAAAUUGGCCCUUUCUCGAAGCCUUGACCGAUAAGUCCCUCCACGGACUCAACAUUACCACAUUGAGUGUCACACACUGCAACCUUACUGCCAUCCCAUAUGUGGCUAUCCAGCACCUUGUGUACCUUCGAGCUCUCAACUUUUCUUUCAAUCCCAUAGAGAUUGUGGAGGGCAACAAACUGCACAACUUGAUGAGGCUGCAGGUAUUUGACUUAGUAGGGGGUCGAUUGGUCACUAUUGAGCCUUACUCUUUCAGAGGACUGAACUACCUUAAGGUUCUCAACAUUUCCAGCAAUAGCUUGAGCACUUUAGAAGAGUCUGCCUUUCACUCAGUUGGUAAUCUUGAGACCCUGGCCCUAUAUGACAACCCCUUGGCAUGCGACUGCCGCUUGUUAUGGGUUUUCCGUCGGCGCUGGAGGCUCAAUUUCAACAAGCAGCAGCCAUCUUGUGCUGCCCCUGAGUUUGUGCAAGGGAAAGAGUUUAAAGAUUUCCCGGAUAUUCUCCCAGCUAAUUAUUUCACUUGCCAGAAAUCUAAGAUCCGGGACCACAAACCCCUUCAGAGAUUUGUGGAUGAAGGGACCACAGUUCAUUUUGCAUGCCAAGCAGAUGGAGACCCAACCCCUGUGAUCAUGUGGCAGUCUCCUCGGAAGCAAUUCAUCACCACCAAAAGUGUUGGACGUCUGUCAGUCUCUCUGGAUGGCACCCUGGAAGUACGAUAUGCCCAAAUACAAGACAAUGGCACAUAUACAUGCAUCGCGACCAAUGCAGGGGGUAAUGACACCAAGCUUGCUCAUUUACAUGUUCAUAGUUAUUCACCCAACUGGCCCCAUCAGCCUAAUAAGACAUUUGCUUUCAUCUCCAACCAGCCCAAUGAUAGUGGUGCCAAUGAGACUGGUAGAUCAGUCCCAUUUCCAUUUGAUAUGAAGACUCUUAUCAUUGCUACUACUAUGGGAUUUAUUUCUUUCCUUGGAGUGGUUUUGUUUUGUCUUGUACUCCUCUUUCUUUGGAGUCGGGGGAAAGGUAACGCCAAGCCAAACAUCGAAAUUGAGUAUGUGCCACGUAGAGUAGAAGGCCAGACCAGUCCAACUGAGGAAACCCAUAAGAUCAGAAUGAAAAUGAUGUAAAAGUCAAAUCCUCAGUUCAUGUGAACAAAAUCCCUGGCAAGAAAUUUACCUUGAGAUGCGAGAGAAAAGUUGUCUUUGUUUCCCAUGUGGAACUGAUGGAAGACACAAUAGCUAAACUAAAGCCUUUUCCAAAUACACAGCUCAGAGCUACGGGGAUUGUUCCUUCAAAGUCAGAAAGAAUUUCGAGGGACCUAAAGUUCUGCUUUUAUUUUGGUAACACAUGAACAUGAGUCUGCCUGACUCCAAUUAUUUAAAAGCCAGAAAACAGAGGGCCAGUUUUAAUCCAUACUUGUCUUUGUCUCUGCCUUUUGUCCUUUUUUUGUACAUAAUUCUUUCUAUGUACAUGGGAAUAUAGUUAUUAAAGGAUUGCGAAAUCAUAUUCAUGGGUUAAGCAUACUGGAAUUCUUGUGAUGUACUUACAUGGUUAGGACACAUUGUAAAUUGUACACGUGUCUGAUUAAAUUUCUGUAAAUGUCCAUUGCCAAGUUUUUAUAAGGCAUAUACAUUUUUUUUUAUUUACAGUUAAUUAAUGAUUAUGCUUGACAAUCAUCCAUAUUAUAAAUGUCAAGUGUUAAUCCUGAAAUAUGCCGUCCUUUGAAUGGAUGGAAUAAAUUUAAUUUUGAUGCCAGAUAUAAGCCUAGUAUCUCUAAGCCAAAUGUAGCUUUGAACUUAAAGCCAUUUGGUGUGAAUGUGUGGUGAAGCCAUUAAAGAUGUUUUUGGUGUUCACACUGAUAUAUUCAUAUCUGACAUAAGCCUCAUGAGAAAUCUCUACCUUCAUCUGCGGAUUAAGUUUUUUAAUAACACAUUUUUAAUAAUUUCUCAUAUUCAUCAUAUACCAUAAUGAUUAAUUUACCAUUUAUUAAUACAUAAUUCAUGUUCAAAAGGCAGGGAAUUCUCUGAAGGUAAAUGUGUUCAUCUACACUUGCCUCUGGAACAAUGCCCGACUUUAAAACAUUAAAAUGGUAACAUUUUCUA